AUGACGAUUUUGGUUUCAGGUUGGCAUAUAUGUACGGCGUGUCAGAAGGAUUCUUUCUACAUGUGCUAUACUUGUCCUUAUUCUGUUUGUAAGAAGUGUGUUAGAAACUCAGAGUAUGUAGUUGUACGGGAGAACAAAGGAUUCUUUGGAAUCUGCAUGAAGACUAUAACGCUUAUUGAGAAUGCAGCAGCUGAAGCUAACACAGAAAAGGUCCAGGUUGAUUUUGACGAUCAAGGCAGCUGGGAGUAUCUUUUCAAGAUUUACUGGGUUUCUCUUAAAGAAAAGUUAUCUUUGUCCUUAGUUGAUCUUACCAAAGCUAGAAACCCAUGGAAAUCUUCUACUUCUAAGAGAAAAAUUACUAGCCGGCUUGACGAUGGCAGUUCUCCUCGGGCUUAUGAAAGCGAUGAGCUCUUGGACUUCGUGAGGUUUAUGAAAAACGGUGACGUUUCCGUCUUAUCAAGGUGUGAUGUCCAAACGCUUGUGCUAGAGUAUGAGCGAGUGGAUCGCUUGGAAAUGUUAAAGCUUAUUGAUUCUCACUUCCUGGAUCAAGAAAGGUCUCCGGUUAGAUAUACUUCAGCCGGAGGAGUCACUGAAACUAUGUCCUUCCAGGUCGAUGAUAGGUUGAAUAUGUCUGAACAACAUCAAGAAGGAGAAUCACAGCAACUGAGCACGAUUGAUGACUUGGAUUUGAAUCUGAUAUGGUUAUAUGGAGAUCCUGAUGGGAAGAUUCAUGGACCAUUUUCUUUAAUGAACCUGCGACAAUGGAAUGCAAGUGGUUACUUCCCGCCUGAGCUGAGAAUAUGGAGGUUGGGUGAACAGCAAAGUAGCUCCAUACUACUGACCGACGCUUUAAAUGGGCAGUUCCAUAAAACAGUGUCUCCUCAGAAUCAUUCCGUCCCCAGGAAAGAUGGAAUGUUAGUCAAACAGAGGCAGAUGAAAAGAACGCUUGCUAUCAAAAACGACGUUGGCCUAACCGGAGCAGCUGAGAAACAAGUCACGGCUACAGUCCAGUCAUGUUGGAAAAACUGGAAUGCUGCUACUCCAAGCAGUGCUUCCAACGUGCGGGAUUCAAACUCCGGUUUGGUGUCUUUCACAGACAAUCAAGAAAUAGACUUCCUUGAUCUCUUUAGUCCAACCUUCAAAAUCAACUUUGCCUCUGAUACAAUGGAUUGGAAACCCAUUGUAACUGUACCUGACGAGUGUGACGAGUCAAUGUCAGAUCUUUUGGCGGAAGUUGAAGUUAUGGAGUUCCAAAAAAGUUUAUCUUCUCCAACUUCAACUUUCCGUAGUUCUGGAGAAUUGCUCAACACUCCAUCAACGAUAGUAAUAUGA